AUGGCACCCAAAACCGCCCUCGUCGUAAUCGACAUGCAAAACUUCUUCGAAUCCAUGACCACCACGGCGCUCCCCAACAUCAUCCGCCUUAUCACGCACUUCACUUCAACCCGCGCCCCCAUCAUCUUCACCCAACACGGCCACACCGGCGCCGAACUCACCACAACCCCAUCCCCCAACCAACUCGUGCGCAAAUGGGGUCCCGGGGGAUCCAUCGCCGCCGGCUCCGAGGACUGGCAGAUCAUUGAACCGUUACACCGAUUCUUACCACCUACCUACAGUGGCAAGGCAAUUCCGCUGGGCCAUUCGGAGCCGGAGCCGGAAGGUUCUGCAGUAAAUGACUGGCCUAAAGUGGUGCCGAAAAACACCUAUGAUGCAUUUAUUAAUACGAAUUUGGCGCAAGUCUUGGAAUCCGCGGGUGUGGAACGCGUCGUCGUAUGUGGUGUCAUGACGGAUUGUUGUGUGGAUACGACGGGGAGAAGUGCGUUUAAUCGAGGGUAUGAGACGUGGUUGGUGGAGGAUGCUUCGGGGAGUGCGAACAGGAAACAGCAUGAGGCUGGCCUACGGGGGUUUGGGUUUGCGUUUGGUGAGGUUUUGAGGACGGGGGAGGUGUUGGAUCGGUUGUAG